AUGGAUUCUAGCAACGUUAGCAGCACUGUUUUCGAGCAUUGUGAAAAUUGUAUAAAUUUACUUGAUUAGAUUGAUUGUUUUGUUGUGUGAGCUGAAACCAGCUUCCAAUAAAGCUAGUGAUAGAAAUAAUUGCAAUUAUUUCGCAAUGGGUUCCCGUUCACGCACUCCGAGCACGUCGGGAAAACGCCGGCAUCACAAAAGCAAGCACAAGAAACGCAGUAAGUCUCACAAUCGGGAUCGGGACCACGACCACGAGCGCAGCAGCACGAGAAAUGGCAGAGAUAAAUCAACAGAGGUGAACCACCAUAGCCGGCGUGACCGGGAGCGGGAGAGGCAUCGCAGCGACAGGCACACAGAAUAUCGCAGCUCACCGUCUAUAUCAAAGCCUCGAAAACGUUCCAGUUCAUCGAGCGGUGACAGCCAAUACUCGGACCAUGAGUCUCAGCGUAGCAGACACAAGCGCAGCCGCUUCAAGAAACUGGAUGAGCAAAACCAGCUGCAGGUAGAGCGUCUUGCGGAGAUGGAGCGGCAGCGUCGACAAAAAGAAGCUGAGCAAAAAACCGUGGAGGAGGAAGCAGCGAAACGUAUUGAGAUGCUGGUCAAGAAGCGUGUGGAGGAGGAGCUCGAAAAGCGGCGCGACGAGAUUGAGCAAGAGGUUAACCGUCGCGUCGAGACAGCCAAGGCCGAAAUGGAGCGAGAAAUGAUGCUGGAACUGGAGAGGCGGCGCGAGCAGAUACGCGAAGAAGAACGCCGUCGCGAGGAGGAUGAAAAGCAAAAACGCGAAGAGCUCGAAGAGAUUUUGGCCGAAAAUAAUCGUAAAAUAGAAGAGGCGCAAAGAAAAUUGGCCGAGGAACGCUUAGCGAUAAUUGAAGAGCAGCGUCUAAUGGACGAGGAACGCCAACGAAUGCGCAAAGAGCAGGAGAAACGCGUCAAAGAAGAGCAAAAAGUCAUAUUAGGCAAAAACAAUUCCAGGCCCAAGCUGUCAUUCUCCCUCAGACAAUGAGAGACUUUGCGUGCGACACACGGUGUCAGUCAGUCAGCUGGGAACCAUGGCAUCAUUUCUUGUUAACUGCUUUUGCUUUUUUGUUUACCUCACUGGCGCGAUUUGUUUGUGCUUGAAACCAUUUAUUCGUCUUUUUUGUUCUUAUUGUGUUUAAUAUUAUUAAAUUGUUUUAAAUGACGAAUUGAUGGUUUAAGGCACAAGCAAAGUGCAAGUUGAACCUUUUUCGAAAUUGCCAAUUAUUAUGAAAAUAUUUAUUAUUCAGCCUCUACAUAGUGAAAUGUGCUAGCGAUUUCCUUAAAUUUUUUUACAUAUACAACUCAUAUGUGGGACGAAUGAUUAUGUGUAGUGCGUCGUAUUGUUAACACAUUUGAAAACUUAAGAAAAUCUAAACAACAAACAAAUCAGUGAAUAUGUAAAUCUAUUUGCAACUUUUUGAUAUUU